UUCUCUACUGUUUACUAGAUGUUAAUUAAAUCACAAAUGACAACAGUCUAAUAGCAAAAUGCAUGCAUUUCUACAAAGUUGACAUGAUUUCUUGGACAAAGAUAGACAAAGUUCAACAUGCUGGAUAAUGGUCACUGAGGGCAUCAAGAUUUUUGAUCCUCUUUUUCAGGGAUACAGAAAAACAGCAAAUACAAAUCAUGGAUGAAAUUUAUAAGAUCACUUCCACAGAAAGGGUCCAGCAGUUGGAGAAAAAACUGGCUGUGCAACUGACUGAACUGAAGUCUGAGAUAGAAGAGCAGGGAGCUCUUCAGGGAACAGCUAAUCGAGUUUACAGCUCUAUUCAAAUGCCAAAGGAUAUUUAUUACUUUAGAAGAGAGAGGGAACUAGCACUGAAGAAAACCUUACAGUAUUACACAGAGAGAAUUACCCAGCUGGCCCAGAGUAAAUAUUUACACAUGCUUAGGUGGAAGAGGUUUUGCCAACACAGUAAGAUCAUGGAGCAACUUUAUCCUCUUUACAAGAAACAAGUUGGCUACAUUAUGCAGGAGUACAAUGACGCCCUUCAGAGAGCUGAAAGAUUGUCUGUUGCUCGAGAAAACUUCCUCUUGGGAAAAAACAAUCCUCCUAACUUGGUGACACAGGAAGAUCUGACUAUUUACACAAAGUGGUUAGUGUGCCACCUGCACUCUCUCGGGACUGUUCACCAGUACCUGCAGGCCCUCCAGUAUUUGCCCAUCUCCAAAGUGCUGAGUGUAGCUUUCAACCAAGUCGCUGAAGUUGGUCAGAAAAAUGAAAAUGUCUGUGUCAAUGACAUUGACCCUGACAUUCAGGGUUCUGCAUCUCCUGACCCUGUGGAUACCAGCAUUUCUGGGCCAAUGAGAACAGAAGCUGCUUUUGUCCUCCCCCAACAUGCAACAGAAACAGGAGAACUGAAACCUCAGCUGAAGCUCCUGCUCUCCCAUUUCAGUAUCCCAUAUGACGUAGAAGAGCUCUGGCACUCUGCUAAGGAAAUGGAACUUUUUUCCUUGGUUUCCCAAAAAUUUCAAAGCGUCUUCGUGGAGCAACAGAGAUUGCAAAUGUUUCCAGACUAUGAAGCUGGAAUAGCUAAAGCAGAUAAUUUGGGUUUGGCAGGACCCAGAAUGACCCUGAAAAAGAGAGCCAACUGGAUUUCCUUCAUAAAGAUCAAGCCAAAAUGUGAUCCAUGGCAAAAGAAGCUUUUGACUAAAUUAAAAGAACGGAGAAGAACAGAUGCAUUAUUGCAACUCCAAGCAAAGUUUUUGAAGAUUUCCAACCCUGAGCGAGUAAUGCAAGUGCUCCAAGAUCACGCUGCAAAGACAGUCAUGCUGGCUCCACAUUAUCCAUCUUUUGUGGCUUCCCAAGGUUUGCAUCAGUGCAAUUAUGACCAAGUCUGGGAGAAUAUUUACAACAACAUCAACCUCUGUCAGGCCACCUGCAGGUCCAGCAGUACUUUUGUGGUUUGUUCAGUCAGUCCUUCAAAUGUCUUCCACUGUAACUUGAUGUCACUUUCUGUCCUGUCCUAUGUAAUUCUGGUGUUAUCUGGGGCUGGGGUGCAUGAUCACAUUCCUCUCAGCAUCAGGGAAGAUGACUGUGGAAAUAAGUGUGAACCUUGA